UUUGACAGUUUGCGCACAUAUAUCAUUUUAAUCUGUCAAUCAAAAUUUCAGAUCUUUUUUUAGUUUCCAUUGAAAACAUCCUAUGGAUCCAUUCCAGAACAGCAAUAAUCAUGGUAAUAAACCAAGUGUAUAUGAAUCAGUGAAGGGUACCAUUCACUACCAUCCUAACAAUAUUCAAAUUCCUUCCAGGAUUCAACAUAAUGUUACCAAUAAUUUUCCUAAUGUUAAUCACCCUGGCGCACAUUCCCCGGGCGGUCUAGUUCAUCAUCGUCCCCAGUAUCAGCACCAAGAUUUAUCUUCUCACUCAAAUUAUAAUUCUCAAAAUAUACGUCCAACUUUCUCUGGACGACAUCCAAAUUCGUCCGGUAACUACAAUGCCGACCAAACAGAUAUGUCAACGCAGUACCACGGUACUGCGUUUGUGCCUCCAAAUCAAACCGUGUCUAGAAUGAGUUCCUCGUUUAUUCCGCCGGACCCAACACAACAACUAGACAUUGGAACAUUAGAUUCAAAGUGUAAGAUGUCAGGGCAGCAGCCCCGGCUCCCACCUGGCAUCUCACUGCAAAGAUCAGUUGAUCCUCCUAAUCUCCCUCCAGGAGUAUCAAUUCAGCGAUCUUCUGACAACAAGAUUGCAAAUCUGCCCAGUUCAAUUCAAGUACAGAAGUCCUCUGGUAAUAAUGCUACAGAAUCAAAUAUUAAUAGAUUGGCAGGACUCGGUAUAAAAAUAUCAAGAUCUGAAGAAGGAAACACAAGUCCCAUGGAUCGACUAUCAGGUUUGGGUGUAAGUGUAAGUGGUGGUCCUUCCCCAGUAUCCCGUUUACCCCCUGGACUCUCAAUAAGUGGGGGACCUGCUGUCAACUCUCCACGCCUCCCCCCAGGAAUUUCUGUUAGUGGCGGUAACUCUAAUGUACCCCGCCUUCCUUCUGGGAUCAACGUUAGUGGUGGAAAUCAUCUGCCAAUAAGACCAGGCGGUGGACCUGGUCCGCCCCAAACCAGACUGGGACAAGGUCCAGGGGUUACACAGAGACCUGGAGCGCUAGGUCAGCAGCAACUAAAGUUUCCUCAAAAUGGACAAAUUCAAGUAAGAGCUCAGAAUGUACCUGAUGGCUUUCAGCAGCCUCGCAACCAUAUCAGCGGAACUUCUCCUCUCCGACACCCUAUUGGUCCAGCUGGACUAAGGAGCAGACGCCCAAGUAGUACAAGUAGUUCAGGACCUUCUCCAACCAGGUCUCCAGCUCAAACUCCUCCCCCUUCUUAUCCCUCUCAGGGUACACAACUACUGGUGCAACAAGGACCUGGACAGUCCAAUCAUCCCACUCCUUCUAGUGGUGCAGAUCCUAGAUCAAGUAGCCAACCUGUUCCUAUUUCUAGUAGUCAGAGCCAAGCGCCGAAAAAUGUUCAGAUCUCUAAUUCUCAGUUGAGUCAAUACCCUAAUGUUCCUGCUCAGCAUGCUUCCCAGACCAGACCUAUCCAACAGGAGAAACAGAAAUCAGUUCCUCCAGCAGCUCCUGCUGAUUUUGAAACUAGAUACAAUCAGGAUCAAGAGUCCCAGGAAUCAGUAGAACCUAAUCGUAUUGUUAAACACCCUGAGUUAACCAAGAUCAGAGUUGAGUCUCCCGUCACUGCCUCUGAGUUUAUGUCAGAUGCACAAAUUACAGCUCCGAUGAAACCCGUUUUAGAAAAUUCAGAAAUGAAAGAGAAAUCUAUGGAAGAGGGCUCUGUUCAAACUGAGGUAUCUUCGACACCUCCUGAGCAGGAAUCUGAACUCUUUACACAGAAUGAGGGGAAACCACAGGAAACUGAAGAAGUUGACAUGAAUCCUGAAGAAAGCUCAGAAUUACCUUCAGAUAAGGGAGAAGCUGGUUUAGAGGCAGAGGCAAAAUCAACCGAAAAUGGAGAGCCUGCAGAAGUCGCAGGAGAACCAAGUAAAGUUGGAGAUGAAGGGAAAGAUCUGGAAAAUGAAGAGAAUUACAAUGAAGAGUACUUUGAGGAGGGGUACGAAGGAUAUGAUCAGGAAGAAGGAUAUGAAGAAUAUGGGGAAGUAGAAGGAUAUGAAGGCUAUGAAGAUGGAGAAUAUGAAAACUACGAAGAGGAAGAAUGGACAGAAGAGGAAGAAAAGGCUGACAAAAAUGCCUCUGAGAGUAAAAGCGGCGAUAAACCAGGGAAUGAUCCAGACGGUGCUCCUCCUACAAACGAUGAUGAUACAUCAACAAAUAAGCCAGAAACUAUACCUGAAGAAUCAGAGAACAAGGAUGACAAUGAAGAAGAAAGUGCCAAGAAUGAGGAUGAAUAUGAAGAACUGGAUGAAGAAGAAGAUUCAGCUCCUGCUCCCAGUCCCUCUAAACGCCCUGGUUCUGCUACUCCUCUGCCCAACCUUCCUCCUGGAAUAAGUAUAUCCAACCCUGGAGGAACCAUUCUUCCUCCAGGAAUAACUAUCUCAGGGUCCUCCACCCCAGCAUUACCCCCAGGAAUCAGUAUUUCUCCCUUCAAGAAACCUUCCAACAGACAAUCCACUGACGAUGAUGCACGAAGCACAUACAGCAAUGAUCGUAGCUCUGAUAUUUCUGAUUCCAAUUCGCGGAGUGCAGACAGGAAUCUUCGUGUCGGGUCAGAGACAACCUGUGUUGUGUGCAUGAACAGAUGCGCUGACCGACGACCCCGCCUGCUGACCUGCCUUCAUUCUGCAUGCUAUACCUGCUUCUUUGACAAACUGGCAGAGUCCCGCCGCGAGGAGAACUCAGCUGAUGUUGUUGACCUGGACGGGGACGGUAUUAUGAGUGUGCCGGAGGUUGUAUGUCCAAUUUGUCGUGCAACAACAACAGAGAGUGAGACGAUGGAGAACUAUUUUAUACUUGAUCAUGACGAGGAUAGGGACGAGGGGAAUGACGAUGAUUUACAGUACUGUAGCAGUUGUGAGGAGAAUGCUGUUGCAAGUUCUAAAUGUGUUGAUUGUGACGAGUUUCUGUGCAGUGAUUGUGUGCGCGCACAUCAGAGGGUAAAGAUGACGAAGGAUCAUCAGAUAACACAGGUAAAAAGUUCACAGCGUGGGAGCUCUCAUUACAAGUACUGUUCGCAGCAUCACAAUGAGCGGUUAACACUCUACUGUGAAUCCUGCGAUAUUCUUAACUGUAGGGAUUGCCAACUCUCGGAGCGACACAGGAACUGUAAAUAUAGGUAUUAA